CGUCUCGCGGCAGGAACGACCGCGUUCGCGUCGUCUACAUUGGUCUACGUCGCAACUGUCAGGAACGACCGGGGAGUAGCUGCGAGAACCGCUGGAACAGUGGCGUAAUCGCGUACCGAGUGGUCGCGAGGAAGUAGUGUUCGUGACGACAGCGGUUUUUAGAGCAGACGGUGCUAAAGAGUGCUAAAGAGAAUCGACAGGAGGAUACAUAUACGCGUGCAUGCGAUGUUAGUCGUUCGUCGACCGAACGAAUUCGCGCGACGUGUUGCACCAUUUUCCUUUCCCCGUGCGUGCGUCCCCACGCCACGCCGAUGCGAGUCGGACGAUCGUCCCGGGCUACGAUAAAUCACGACACAUUUAGAUAUUAAGCUGCAACGGUAGCGCACGCACGGUCAGCAUCAUGUUCUGGACGAAUAAUUACGUGUCAUCGCCGCAUAUCGAGGCAUUGCUCAACAAAGAGGAUGUCACACUUCACGAAUUGAUGGAUGAGGAGGACAUCCUUCAGGAAUGCAAGAGCCAAAACAAAAAGCUGGUCGAAUAUCUUACAAGGCCUGCCGUUAUGGAAGAAUUAGUUACGUUAACUACUAAGGAACCAUCCACGGACAUCGAAGAACGUUGGCGUUACAAGUAUCCUAAUGUUGCCUGCGAGUUGCUCACAUGCGAUGUACCUACAUUGAAUGAGAAACUGGCAGGUGACGAGGCACUUUUGGCCAAAUUAUAUUCUUUCAUAGAUACAGAUCAACCAUUAAAUCCACUACUUGCAUCAUUUUUCAGUAAAACUAUCGGAGUUCUUGUUGCUCGUAAAAGUGACCAGAAUUGGUAUUCCUAUCAGUUCACAUGCUUACAGGUUUUAGAAUUCCUUAAAAGUCGUCAGAGAUGUGUAGAUUUGUUGUUGCAACAUUUAGAGACUUCGGCUAUCAUGGACUUAGUACUCAAACUUGUUACUCAGGUUGAGGGCAGUGAUAUGCGUCAAAACAUAUUAAAUUGGCUAGAUAGUCAACAUUUAGUGCAAAGACUGGUAAAAUUGUUAGCACCUACUUCAGAAGUAGUCAAACACGCUAACGCGGCACAAUUACUUUGCGAUAUGGUGACAGUAGCUAGAGAAACUCAACGUACAUCCACAGAACGUGCUGAUCCAGAUCCUAUUUUAAAUACUUUAGAAUCAGGAGAAACUGUGAGCCUAUUGUUAGAAACUAUCCUAACAGCAGAAAAAGUAGAAAGUAGUAUUGUCGGUGGAAUACAAGUACUUUUGGUACUUUUAGGUCAAAGGGCCAACAACACAUCAAAUGAAGGAGAUGUACAUGGUAAUGGCGAAGACACUACAGAUAAUGAGCAGUGUAUUAAAAUUUCGAAUGCUACUUUACCAUAUUUGGAACAUCUUCACAAACUUCUUCUAGAGCCGCCAUAUAAAUCUGCCGUCAAAACAACCGUUGGAUUACUAGAAUGUCCAUUAGGCAAUACUCGUUUGCAUGUAGCAAAGUUGUUAAGUGCUUUACUGGCGACGGAAAAUUUAAAGAUCCAUGAAAGUUUAGAAACUUUGGGAACAUUCCAAACAUUGUUGGAUCUGUUUUUCAAAUAUACCUGGAAUAAUUUCUUACAUACGCAAGUACAACAGUGCCUGGCCUUAGCUAUUAAUUGCGGACAACGGGAUAAUGAUAUUAUUUAUAAUAAUAUAUUUAUCAAGUGCAAAUUAAUAGAAAGAAUCUUAGAAGCAUGGGAUAAAAACGAGAGUAAACAAAACAAAGAAAAUGGUAUUCGUCAGGGCUACAUGGGACAUUUAAUAAAAAUUGCGAACAAUAUCGUCACUCAGUGCGAAAAAAAUAAUAUACUGACCAGCUUCUUAAAAAACAAUGUAUCACCCGAGUGUCUUACUAGAUGGGAAAAUCUUGUGAGUGUACAGUUGGUGGAAAUUAAUAAAAUUCAUCAAACUGUAAUGAUGGGUGAUCAAACUCCCGAUGUGUACCUGAUGAGCUCCGAGGAAAAUCCAAAUGAAUACAACUCUUAUUCGCAAGAAACAUACAUUCAACAGGGUCAACAAAUAACACCUCCGUUCAUCGAGAAUUUUGGAUUCCACGACGAUGAGUUUAACGAUGGUGAUGACGCACUUCAUAAUCCAGUUGACCAAUUAACAACGUUGGCCUUUAAUCUCAGUGAAGAAGAUCUCGACAAGCGGGAAGAUAUGUUCAAUAAGCUGUGCCAACAAAAACAAAAAGCCGGGCUUGAAGAUUGUGGCAGUGGCUUAGAAUGGGGAGAUGAGGGCGAGCUGACGUUCCAGACCGUGGUGGACAAACGAGAUUGGCAUUCAAAGCAACAACAUCAGGAUUCUAGUUCAUCGGAUGAUUCUAAUUCGUCGGAAGAUUCUAGUUCGUCGGAGGAGGAACCACGCAACAUGAAUAUGGAGGUCGAAACGGCAGAUCCUUGGAACAAUACCGAACCACCGAACACUAUACUUCCACCAGUUAACCCAUGGGAUGUGACACCGUCGGAACCAAUAGAAUCUACUGGCUGGGCCAAUUUCGAAAAUUUCGAAAAUACUUUGAGUAUAGAGAACACCGUAAGCGAAGAGAAAAAGCCGUGCGAUGAACUUAAAGAGAAAAUAUCAGAAGCUACAGCUGUAAACCUAACGGAAAAGAAUGUAACUUGUAGCGAAAGUGUUGGAGAUGGUAACGAAAAGAGCACAGACUAUGUAGAUAGUCAAGUAGUUGAGAUGAAGUUGCCAGCUGCGGAAAUUAAUCUCAAUGAUAGUAAAAGUGAUGAGCACAUGAUGAUUUCCGCGAAUGAGAACGUCAAUAGCGAGUUAUCGGUCAAUAGAGAUUUUAAGGACACGGAGAAGAUCGAAACCGUAAAGGACACAAAGAACGUAGAGAAUGAAAAGUCGUCAAUUGAACAACAAGUUCCAGCCGCUUCGUUGGAAAGCACAUCCACUAGCACUGUUGACGCCAUACCGGUGCCUAAAGACGCUAAAUGAAACGUUCCUCCCUGCCUAUGUUAAAUGAUCUAUGGCAAUAGGAGGGAGGAAAGGAGAGAGAGAAUCAUAUCAGUAUCGAGUCGUAAACGAUUGAUCGGAUUGCAUAUUGCGCCUUCUCUAUUUUUCAUUAGACACCACGUUAAUUAUGCUUUAAGAAAACGUUGAUGGGUACAUUAUGGUCCCGCUGCAGGGUAUCUCUUAAAAUAAAUCCAGAAUGCCGAAAAAUGAUUGACGCUCAACUACACUUAGCGAAUAAUUUGAUGUUUAUUAUAUAUAGGUAUAUCCCAUCCCCUUUUUACCUCACCCUUUGAAUGGCCAACAUCUAUAAGUAUCCCUGCGAAAAUCAAGUCCUCCCUCUGUCCCAUAUAUUUUACAAUUAUUGUUAAGAGUUUCGUAAAUUGUUAUUUAUACGUAACUGAUAACUGAUUUCUAACAAAGGAAGCGAAAAAUGGAGAGAAUAAAUCGCAACAUUUUUGUGCGAUACAUAUAGACAAUUUGUAAAGAGAGAUGAUGGAUAAAUUUCGCAUCCGCUUGCUCCACUCGUGACAUUUAAUUUUUUUACACAUAGACGAACAUACACAUACACGGAACAUUUACUAUAUGUUUAUAUAUUAAAAAAGCGGAUGAGAAACAUAAGAGAAAGAGUUAUCGUAACGCUGUUUAAUAUUAUAUAAGACCGGUAUUUCACAAACUGGUGCUUUUGCUUAUUCCUUCGAUAAGGCAAAGGUACUUAGGUGCAGUGCCUACUGUUUAACUGAGUGUACGUUAGUUCAACGAUACGAUACAAGCAGAAAAAAGGGAGGAGAGAGAAAAUCGAGAGUAUUUUUAUUACCUUUUGUCGUAAUAAUCAGUCGAAAUUUGUACAUGAUAUCAUAUUAAUCGAGAGCUCUUGACGAACUUGCGCACUUAUUUGCAUUCCGAAUAACAAAAAAAAAAGGAAAGAUUUAUACGUAUCUUUAAGCGACGUUAAAAGUCUUUCAUCAAGAUCUUCCAGAAGUGAAUAGUUAAAUUGCAGGAACUAAUGUCAAAGCGUCGCGCAUGCUUCGAUUGAGCUACCUUAUGUAUAUCCAUCAUUCUUCGAGAGACCAUUCUAUGAAUUAUGUUACCUGAUUGUUCCACGACUUUCUUCUGCCUCGCAGAUUUUGCAGCAGCAAUGUGUUUAUAGCGUUGUACACGAGAUAUUGUUCAUAAUUAAAUGAAAAAAAGCUAAUAAAACAUUGUUCUAAAUCCUAAAAAAACACACGUGUCACAGCAUUACCAGUUUAAUAUCGAAAUUUAUAAAUGCGUACAUCGCACUCUGCGUUUUCUUUACGUUCUAUAUUUUAUACAACAUAUAAUUUAUAAUUUACUAUACACGUCUAUCCCGAGAACGU